GGUACAUAAGAGCAGGCCACUACUACUACUGCUGCUGCUGGCACUGCAGUGUCAGCGACUGAGGCUCGGCAGGCGCGCGCUGCAGUAGACGCACUACGCCCAAUCGGCCAAACGUUUCUUUCAACCUCAAGCCUCCCAUUCUGCGAGCAUCACACGUCAGAAUCGCCGGAUUAAUUCAUCACACAACGCCGCCCAUCCAUCGUUUUUGGUCUCGAUUUCAUCAGAUUUGGAUUCAGCGGCCUCGAAUUAUCAUCUGUACACGUUUUUGAACGUGUCCGACCCCGUGUCUCGCCGUCGCAGGGCGCCGUCCAAACUGGAGUGUCCGCACCCCUCGCUCGCCAGUCGGGGGUUGGCACGGUCAUGUCCUUAACAUGGCCGCCCCCAAACAGCCAGAAACCACCGGACGAUGAACCUCUUCUGCAUUCCCUCCAUCGAGACAACCUAAAUGGAUUGCUGCGAGCGCCUUCUCGGCCACAUACCCCCACUCUAUCAAGACUGCGCAGUCUCGGUGGUGGCUCGCAGUCCGUUCAACCUGCAGAUCCAGAACCGAGUGUUGAGGAAGACCCGCAGGUCGUCCGCUUUCGCGCAUUGUUCCAGGAGACGGAAAGCAAACUUGCGAACCUCUUCAAUGAUGUUGGAGAGGUCGUGGUCCCGGAGAGGAGCGCAGACCUCGACGCGCCCGCCUUGGUUGACGCGCCCCACGUUGUUGAGCCAGCCCCAGUCGCUGCCCCCAUAUCGAAAAAGCGCAAGUUAGACGACGUUGACUACGACGACUAUGACGACGACGACGACGACGAAGAGGAGGAACAGGAGACCGAUGCUGCUCGUGCAUCUCCACUCAAAGACAAGCCAAACAAAGUCCAUCUCGUCGCCGACGGCACCUCGUCGCCUGUCGCUAGACCGGCGCCCCCAUCGAGAAGCGCUUCGGAUUCUGUGAAGGCCCCCCCGAAGACUGCUGCGGCUAAGCACACCGCGGAUGCUGAAGAUGCUCGGAAAAAGCUGGAGGAAGCGAAGCGGGAAGAAAUCGAAAUGGUAAAGACACUGUCACGGACAAUGUUCUUCACCCUAGAAGACGACCGGGAUGCAAUGCUGGAUCAACAACGCCUUGAUGAAGCCGAACGCAGAGCAGAAGCCGAGGCUGAAGGACAGGCCAAAGGCCAGAAUGCAUCGGCGCAGCAAGGCAGUCUCAGCAAAGCCAACCUCGGUGCUUCGAGUCUGACGUUAAAGAACCUGAUCGCCCUCUUGGACGAACAUCGUUCUAUGGUCCACGCAACCGAAUCGGAGCUGCGUGCUUUGAUGAGUGAGGUCCGCAAAAACCGGAGUAAAUGGGCAAGUGAGGACAAGAUUGGUCAAGAAGAACUGUACGAGUCGGCCGAGAAGGUCCUGACUGAACUGAAAGCUCAUACGGAGCAUUCUUUCCCUUUCCUUAAUCCUGUCAAGAAGAAGGAUGCACCUGACUACUACCUCGUCAUCAAGCAUCCAAUGGAUCUGGGCACCAUGACCAAGAAAUUGAAGCAGUUGGCGUACAGGUCCAAGAAGGAAUUCGUCGAUGAUCUGUAUCAGAUUUGGAAGAACUGCCUCAAGUUCAACAGCAAUCCCGACCACGUCUUUCGCAAACAUGCGCUGUUUAUGCAGAAGGAGACCGAUAAACUAGUACCCCUGAUUCCGGACAUUGUGAUCCGUGAUCGGGCAGAGGUUGAGGCUGAAGAGCGAAGGCAGCAGAUCGCCAAUGGAGAACUCGAUGACGGCGCCGAGGAAAGUGACGACGAACCAAUCAUGUCAUCCCGCGGUCGCAAGGCACCCAAAAAGAGCGCCAAAAAGGGCGGUUCCACCUCGCGGAAAGCACCACCUGAGACAACGCCUAUCCCCGAGACCAAACCGGUCCUGCAGUCGAUUAGUUCGGUACAGCAGCAGGGCAUUCGAGCAGAAUCCGAGGCCGAAGGGAGUCAAGGUCAGUCGACACCUCCUCCGGGGAUAUUGACGCCUAUUGGGGCCCACGGUCCUGGCAGCGUCGCUGGAACCGGCAGUGAAGCCAUGGAUAUGGACGUGCCGGGCCUGCCCUCACAAGCGCCGUUGCCUGAGUAUGAGGAUGAAGAGUACAAGCUUUGGAAGCAGAAAACGAAGAAGGACCGGGCCAUGGUGGCUGCGGCCCGGCACAAGCUCUUCAGGGGUGACAAGCUGAACGCGGAAGAGACUGCCUUGCUACGUACUAAGGCUGGCAUGCGUCGUUGGCAACGCAUGCAGCAGGAGGCUUCCGGUAAAGACGUCUCCGAUUUCCACGGUGAUGGGGCCGAACGCGAACAGCAAGGCCAGACCCUUGCUGAGGGCAUGGAAGCUGAGGAAGAGAACCUACUUCCGGAUUACUAUGACCCUCUCUCUGCCAUACCCGACCUGGAGCCGCGCCUCAGGUGGGAGCAGGAUGCGGAAGGUCAUGUCAUUGAGCAUUGUGAAGAGUAUCUGCGGCUUUUUCCCCCAAAGCAGUUUGUUGCCCCUGAGAGCAAGCUUGCUCGAAAAAUCCAGUCAAACAUGCGGCAGAUGCAGGAAACAAGGAAAGUCGUUUCAAAAAUCGGCGUGGUCAAGCAGAUGCAGCUCCAAUCGCAGACCUAUCAGAACCAAUUUCAGAAGUAUCAACCGGAGCCCUUUGUGGAAGCCGACCUACCCAAUCAUGUCAUGUCGGAUGCUGGCCCCUUGAUGGCGCCUUGGGUAUGCAGAGCAGCAUUUCAGCGCUCGAUCGGCCAGAUCUUCUUCCAUGCGGGAUUUGAAGAAUUCCAACCUUCUGCUUUGGACACUAUGACCGAUUUGGCGGCGGAUUUUUUCCAGCGUCUUUGCAGCACUUUGGUUAAUUACAAAGAAGAUUACAAGGUCCCCGUCACCACUUCAGUCCCCGCCCCCGCUGGAGUCAGGUCCAAGGCGAACACGGUAUACCAGACGCCCUCCACUGAUGAGGAAGCCAUAUUGCAUACCCUACAUUCUAGUGGAAUCUCCUUGAGCGAUCUGGAUACCUACGCUCGUGAGGACGUGGAUCGUAUGGGCGCACGCCUGGCCAUUAUGCAUGAGCGUAUGAAAGGACAUCUGGCAGAUCUCCUUCGGCCUGCCUUGUCAGAAGACACCGCUCACGGUCAAGGCACAUUUGCUGAUGGAGGCGAGCAAUACGUGGGCGGCGAUUUCGCCGAGGAUCUAGACGAAGAUUUCUUCGGAUUCCGAGAACUCGGUCUCGACAAAGAAUUCGGCAUGGCCAGCCUUACAGUACCCUUCCACAUUCUGCAGAAUCGACUUGGUAUGGUGAAUCCGCAGGCCAAUGCGGAAGAUGCCGCGGAGAAAAUGUUCAAGGAACCGCCUCGAUGGCCGCGCAUCUCUGCCGACAACGUCGACGAACAGAUUGGUCUCAUCAGAGAUUUCUUUAAGAAUCUUUUGCGUGAGAACAAUAACCGGCCACUUACCGAGGAUCUGGAUCUUCCACCAAAACAACGGCCAGCGGCAAGAUCGGUGACGGAACCGUGAAGAGCAACACGAGUCCUCUGAAGAAAGGCCCCGUCAAAAACGUGAAUGCUCCCGCUGGCGCAUCCAGCAAAGCCGGCGGCGCUGCCACAACUGGGGACAAGGGAAAGAGGAAAUCGGUUGUGGUCAACGGUGCCGGGGCUGGCGGAGAAGAUAAUAAUACGCCGGUCGUCAACGGUGUCAACCCGUCAAGUCCUGGACCAGGAGGAGACGGCAGUCCUGAGAAGAAGCAGGUUACCUUCAAGGGCAAAUUGACAUCGGCUGCCUCCACGUCCACGUCUGACGCGGCCAAGGGUUCAGACAAGCCGCCACCACCGUCCGGGGCAACGUCGACUACACAGCAGAACGGUCAUUCGAACGGGAAUGCCAAUAUCAAUGCCAACAGCAACUCGUCGGAAGCGAACGGCGUUGCAAAGGUUAAUGGCGUCGUCGAUGGAGAGACGAGCAUGAUGAGUCCUGAGAGCUUGUAGACGAUUACUGUAAUUGCAUUGCACUGGCAAGAGUAAAACGAACGUACUGUUUGUCUUUUGCAAAGGCUAGCCCGCCCCCUUCUCUGCACGCGUGUUUUGGCAUAUGCGGCAUAUCGUGCGGGCUUGACUUGGGAAAACCCCUUAUUACGGGGUUCUCAUUUACGGUAGUAAUGAAUGUACAGACAUGAUGAUAUUAUUACCACUCCACUAGCAUCCUAUGAUCUUCCCGUCGGUGAGGCUGAGGAUAAAAUCGAGAACCCUCAAGGGGAAGAAACUAAUAAAAGUCCGUACCAUUCAUUCGUAUGUACAGUACUUGUACUACCACAGCACGAACCAACAAGCACCGAGC